UCAAAGAUGUCUAAAAGACUAACACUUCUCCAACUUCUUCUCCUUGCCUUCCUCUCCAUUUCUUCGACGGAGUCUCGUCGACCUCCGUUUGCAUGCGAUCCGAGAAAUGCGGCCACGAGGAGUUUGCGGUUCUGCCAGACGAAUUUGCCGAUUCACGUGAGGGUUAGGGACUUGUUGGGGAGGUUGACGUUGCAAGAGAAGACCAGGCUUUUGGUUAACAAUGCGAUAGCCAUGCCGAGGCUCGGGAUUCAGGGGUACGAGUGGUGGUCCGAGGCUCUCCACGGGGUGUCCAAUGUCGGUCCGGGGACCAAGUUCGGCGGUUCAUUCCCCAGUGCCACUAGCUUCCCUCAGGUCAUCACCACCGCAGCCUCGUUCAACGAAUCGUUGUGGGUGCAAAUCGGAGAGGUGGUUUCAGAUGAAGCAAGAGCAAUGUACAAUGGAGGAAUGGCUGGUUUGACAUAUUGGAGUCCUAACGUGAACAUAUUCCGUGACCCACGAUGGGGUCGGGGCCAAGAAACUCCCGGCGAAGACCCGGUUCUUGCCGGUAAAUAUGCCGCCAGCUAUGUCCGGGGCCUCCAAAGCGCUGUCGGGAACAGCCUAAAAGUCGCUGCCUGCUGCAAACACUACACGGCUUAUGAUCUUGAUAAUUGGAAGGGCGUGGACCGAUACCAUUUCAAUGCCAGGGUUAGUAAGCAAGACCUGGUGGAUACAUAUGGUGUGCCAUUCAAAGCUUGUGUGGUGGAAGGGAAAGUUGCUAGUGUGAUGUGUUCUUACAAUCAAGUGAAUGGCAAGCCGACUUGUGCUGAUCCGGCCCUACUCAAGGGCACGAUUCGAGGCGAAUGGCACCUCAAUGGGUACAUUGUAUCAGAUUGUGAUUCAGUUGGUGUAAUGUAUGACACUCAGCAUUUCACUGCUACACCAGAAGAGUCUGCUGCAGCUACCAUCAAAGCAGGUUUGGAUUUGGAUUGCGGGCCAUUUUUGGCAGUCUAUACGGACCAGGCAAUAAGGAGGGGCUUGUUAGCCGAGGCUGAUGUUGACAUGGCUCUAGCCAACACCUUGACGGUCCAAAUGAGGCUCGGCAUGUUUGACGGCGAGCCAUCGGCUCAACCGUACGGACAUUUGGGUCCGAAACAUGUAUGCACGCCAGCUCAUAAACAACUUGCUCUCGAGGCUGCUAGACAGGGCAUAGUUUUGCUAAAGAACUCCGGACAUUUGCCGUUGUCCACUUCGCAUCAUCGGACCAUUGCUGUUAUCGGACCCAAUUCCGAUGUCACUGAAACAAUGAUAGGAAACUAUGCUGGAGUGGCAUGCGGUUACACGAGUCCCUUGCAAGGCAUUUCGAGAUAUGCGAGGACUAUUCAUCAGGCAGGCUGUUCAAACGUUGGUUGUAAUGCAAACAAUCUGUUCGGAGCUGCGGAAGCUGCUGCUCGUCAGGCCGAUGCAACAGUGCUUGUGAUGGGGCUCGACCAAUCAGUGGAAGCGGAAUUUAGGGACAGGGAAGGGCUGCUCUUGCCAGGACACCAGCAAGAGCUGGUUUCCAGGGUAGCUCGAGCCUCCAGGGGCCCUACAGUUUUGGUUUUAAUGUCAGGUGGCCCGAUCGACGUCUCGGUCGCCAAGAACAAUCGUCGAAUAAGCGCCAUUUUAUGGGCUGGUUAUCCGGGUCAAGCUGGAGGAGCAGCAAUUGCAGAUGUUUUAUUUGGAACAACAAAUCCAGGUAACUUGAUCAAGAUUUAUUCAAUUUGGUUCACUUGUUCGAUGUCGAGUUUUCAAACUUUUUCCGAGCUGUUUCGAUGGUAUUUCACAGGGGGGAAGUUGCCAAUGACAUGGUAUCCGCAAUCAUACAUAGCUAAAGUGCCGAUGACGAACAUGGGAAUGCGACCAUCCAGAGGCUAUCCCGGAAGAACCUAUCGGUUCUACAAAGGACCGGUCGUGUUUCCGUUCGGUCACGGCCUGAGCUAUACACACUUUAAACAAUCUUUAGCCAUUGCUCCAACUGAGCUCCCAGUGCUUAUUAACACCAAUCUCUUUGCCACGAAAAACUACACAACAUUAUCAACCAAUGCCAUCAGGGUGAAACAUGCCAAAUGUGACUCACCAUCGUUACCCCUCCAAUUCGACGUCGAAAACACCGGCGAUAUGGACGGAACUCACACUUUGCUCGUUUUCUCUGAACCACCCUCCACUGUAAAAUGGUCCCUGGACAAGCAAUUGAUAGGUUUUCGUAGAGUUCACGUCACUGCCGGAUCGGUACAACGAGUCCAUAUCGACAUUCAUGCAUGCGAGCACCUUAGCAUCGUCGAUGAAUUCGGGAUUCGAAGGAUCCCGAUGGGUGCACAUAGUUUACAUAUUGGAGAUCUGAAGCAUUCUAUUUCUCUCCAAGCAAAAUUGGAGGGCAUUAAGAACUAGACAACUUUAGGAC